AUGGCUUAUUGCUUUAACUUUCUUGUAGUGCCACUGGCAUUGAUGAUGGCUUUUAUGGCUUCCCCUUUAUUGUGUUUGUCUCUGCAUCAGACCAGCAAGCUGGAGGCUUCUGCCAUAUCAGAAGCUCCUUCAUCAAGUAGUAUUCCUCAAGUCUCGCCAGAUAUCGCGCCUCUACUGCCUUCACCUUCAGCCGGAUCUUCUAUGCCAACAAUCCCUUCAAAUCCCAGCAAGAAUCCUGACGAAACGCUUCCCGUCAUCCCUGAUUCUGCUUUUGCCCCCUCUCAGUCUUUGCCGGAUUCUUCUGCGGUUUCCUUGAGUUCAUCAACAUGUUUUGUGAUGGCUUUCUGUUUGGUUCUUCAUUGUUUAUCCUCACAUUAUCUGUUGUAA